AUGCUUUUAGACGCGCGAGCGUUCAGCACCGGGCGGAGUUCGAAGGUCAAAGAUUGGGUUAAGAGUUUGGGCAUCAGUGGAGAAAAGAUAAAUGUACUAGACUGCUGCUCGGGGGAAGGCGGUGGUAGUAUAAUGCGGACAUUGAAAAGAUCGGGAGUCUCACACUUGUUCAACGUAUGCACAGUGGACUCAGAACCGGAAUGCGCCCCAGAUGUGCUGAUGAAAGUGGAAGAUCUUGCCGAAGCCAUAAAAGGCGGAUCCGCUCCAUCAGUCAUAAGAGACACGCACUGGCACAUAGUGUGGACCUCUCCACCAUGCACACGGUAUUCAGCGGCGAACAGUCAACGGGACGCAGAGAAAACAGAGGACGAUUUGAGAGUCGCAGACGCAACUGUAGAAGCCUGUUUCGCUAUCAUUGACAUGCUGAAGCCCAUAUGCUGGUUUCUGGAGAACCCCGAUACAGGAGCAAACCGCCUAAGAGACAGACCGUUCAUGGAGAAGUACAGGCACCUCAUGAAGUCUGUGACGUACUGCCGAUACGGGCGACCGGACAGAAAAGCAACAAUGAUCGUUUCAAAUGUUCCUUUGACAUUAUUAGACUGCAGAGUGCAAGGUCAAGAAUGCAUGACAAAGAAACUACUUGGACGACAUUCACGGACUGCUCAAGCAGGAUCAUUCACGGCCGCCGAUGGAACGACCAUCCCGGGAACCCCGCAGCACGAAUCACAACAAGUACCGGAAGCACUCAUCGAACAUGUGUUCGACUCAGCAUUACACACAUUUGGCCAAGAAUUCGAACACGCUCUGAUUGACACCGACCGCGACGCUCGAGCACAGCUGCUCGUCGCAGCCGCAAGGAUCACAAUUACACAAUCAGAGAAACCACCGAGAAUGAAGACGCAGGCGUAUGCUAUACUCGGCGUGGGCGAACGUGAGCUCGGCGCAAAAGUCAGGAGUAUUGGAGAAGUGCCAAAGGAAGAAGUUUUAGCGGCGAAGAAGAAGGAAAUAAAUGGAUUAUUCAGCAAGAAGGUUUUCUCGAUUGUUCACAAGAAAGACGUCGAACAGGACGCGCAAAUCAUGUCAUACGUUUGGGCUCUGAAGGUCAGAGACGACGACGUCGUGAAGGCCAGACUGUGUGUCGGGGGACACAGACAGUCGAAAGGACAAAACUUCUGGGAGAUCUCAUCUCCAACGCCGCGAGCAUCGACAGUGAAGAUAGCGCUGGCCGAAGCCUCAAUGAGAGGAGCUGACGUUUAUACCGCAGACGUUUCACAAGCAUACGUAGCCGCCCCCAUCGGCGUGCGACUGUACAUGCGCAUGCCCCCUGAGAUGGAAGAGAACCACCCCGACUCCGUCCUUCUAUUGCACAUGAGCCUAUACGGAGCCAAGCAGAGCGGACGAAAUUGGUUCCAGGAGGCGUCAAGAAUCCUCUGCGAUGAAUUACGCUACGAUCAGUUGCAGAAAGACCCAUGCAAGUUCGUAAGGUGCAACGCCGACGGGUCACUACGUGAAUCCAUCUUACUCUACGUAGAUGACUUCCUCUUCUUGGGAGAAUUACAAUAUUUCAACGCAUUCAUGGACAGCAUGAGUAAGCACGUGGAAAUAUCGGCAGGUCCGCGGAGCCGCGACGUCAUCAAGAUUUGGAAUGGACUCGAGAUUCGAAGACUUCAAGACGGCAAGAUAGUCGUGACCCAAAUCGCCAAGAUACGAGGGAUUUCACGUGAUUUCGGUGCGGAGAUCGAGGAACUUGAGAGGCGAUCAUCCGCCAAAGCGACAAGCCCGGAAUAUUCGAACGAGAACAACUUCGACCCACGAGAUAUGAUUGACCCGAAGACGGCCGAUGCCCGCGAAAAGCGUAUCGUCCAGAAAUAUCAGGAAAUGGUCGGGUCGCUCAUGUACGUAGCGACGUACACACGGUUCGACAUCGCGUUCGCGAUGAGCAAAGCUUCCAGACUCAUGCACGCGGCAUCAGAAAAACACAUUCGUGGUGCAGCGCGUAUCAUCAAGUAUUUGAGGGACAACGAGAAUGUCCCGCUCGUCUUCGACGGCAGUCAGUGCGCGAACGACGGAGAGCCGAAGAUAUUCUGCUUCGUCGACAGUGACUUUGGCGGUGAACCACUUCACACCAAGAAUGAACUCGACAUGGGCAGAAGGUCAACGAGCGCGUGCAUCAUCAUGUGCAGCGGAGCACCUAUUUUCUGGAAAAGUAAAGUUCAGAAGAAAGUGGCGCUCGCGUCCGGCGAGGCCGAGUUCCGCGCACUAAGCUACGCACUCAAGGAAGUGACUUUCUGCAUUUACUUACUACGCGAAAUGGGAUUCAAUACGAAGUACGUACCCAUUUUUUGUGAUGCUUCAGUGGGCGUGGCUCAAGCGAAGCGCGAUGGUCUCUCCUGGGUAGAAGGUACCAAACAGUACGAAAUUGAACUUUCGGCGGCAUACCAAAUGUGCAGAGAAGGAAUGAUCAUGCCUCUCAAGAUCGGCACAGAUGAGAACCCAGCUGAUCUCCUGACGAAGUCGGACCCCGGAGGACCAGAAGUCAGAGCUCGGCACGUUUCCAGGAUCUCAGGCACGUCGAAGGAACCGUUUCAAUCCUGGAUCAGGCGACAAUUAGCUGACUUUCAGGGAUCGUCGGUGUCGCGGCACGGACACGUGUCAAAAUCAGAUUUCGAGCGCAUGUGCGGACUCGGAAAUUACAAGACAGUACAAACGAAUAAGAAGUAA